AUGUCUCUAACAAAGAUUCUCGAGGUCCACCGGCCCGAACUAUCGUCUUACGAAAAGCUAUAUAAACACUUUCACUUAAAUCCAGAAUUAUCCAAUCAAGAAGUAGAGACAUCUGCUACCAUUGUCAAUCAUCUACGCAAAAUCUCGCCAGACUUUGACAUUCACGCAAAUAUUGGAGGCCAUGGAGUUGCCGCCGUUUUCCACAAUGGUCUCGGUCCCACUGUGCUCUCACGCGCAGAUAUGGAUGCACUUCCUAUUGAAGAAAGAACUGGCCUCUCCUAUGCCAGCACGAAGAGGGUUAUUGACGUUCAUGGACAAGAGCAGCCAGUAAUGCAUGCAUGUGGUCACGAUAUGCAUAUUACCUGUCUGCUGGCAUAUGCUGAACUUAUGGUCUCCGCCUGGCACCAAUGGCAAGGUACCAUUGUCCUCGUUUUUCAACCAGCUGAAGAACGCGGCACAGGUGCUCAAAGCAUGGUCGACGACGGUCUGUACGAUCCCAAUCGACACAAUAUUCCCAUCCCCGAUGUAGUUUUCAGCGGACAUGUCGUUGCCACCCGAGCCGGUGUUAUUGGAAUCCGCCCUGGUACGAUGGCCAGCUCUUGCGAUAAUCUGCGCAUCACGUUUCAUGGUCGUGGCGGGCAUGCAUCCAUGCCAGAGAGUCUCGUGGAUCCCAUUGUCAUGGCAUCUAGCGCCGUCAUGAGGCUACAAACUCUUGUAUCUCGGGAAAUCCAUCCCAGUGAGCAUGCGGUCGUCACAUGUGCGAGCUUCAUUUCUGGGUCGACCACUGCGGAAAAUGUCGUCAGCGACGAUGCAACCAUCACCAUUGAUAUCCGUGCCAAUGACGAAACUACGAGGCAGAAAUUAUACAACGGCGUUCUGCGAAUUGUCAAAGCCGAAAGCGUAGCGUCCAAUGCGGUCGCCGAACCUACCAUCAUUCCAACCCGAUCGUUCCCCGUGACCAUUAAUGACGUUGUCGUUAACGAACGAGUUGGAAAAGCCUUCCACGAUCAUUUUGGCUCUGGCGACGAAAUUUUUGUUGCAGACUACCCCAGGCUUAGUUUCAGCGAAGACUUUUGUAUUCUUGCGUCUGCUAUUGAGAGACCCUCACUCCUAUUUGCCUAUGGCUGUUCGGCGCCUGACAAAGUAGAUAAGGCGCGAAAAGAAGGUACAUUGACCGAGAGUAUACCAGGCAAUCACAGUUCCCUCUUUACCCCGCAAAUUUUCCCUACAAUGCAAGUAGGCAUAGAUGCGUAUGCCUUGAGCGCUCUUUCUUGGUUACAAAGGAUCAGAUGA